AUGUCUCAAUACAGCGUUCGAAAAGUCGCUGCUCCAAACACUUUGGAGCACCGCAUCUUCAUUGAGAAGGAUGGCGUCCCCAUCUCCCCCUUCCACGAUAUCCCCCUCUAUGCCAAUGAGCAACAGACCAUCCUGAACAUGGUCGUAGAGAUCCCAAGAUGGACCAACGCAAAGAUGGAGAUCUCCAAGCCGGACCUCUUGAAUCCCAUCAGCAAGUCCCCCUCGCCCCUCCUUGCUCUGCUCGAGCCUCCCAUUCUCAAUGGGGCCAUGGCCAUCAAAUCAGACAGAACCCAAGCCCAAGAAAUAUCUACUACUCUCGCAAGAUGCACUCUUUACACCAAGAAGGGCAAGCUCCGCUUCGUCCGCAACUGCUUCCCCCACAAGGGCUACCUCUGGAACUACGGUGCCUUCCCCCAGACCUGGGAGGACCCCAAUGUCAUCCACCCUGAGACCAAGGCCAAGGGAGAUAAUGAUCCAUUGGACGUCUGCGAGAUUGGUGAGCUAGUCGGAUACCCGGGGCAGGUCAAGCAAGUCAAGAUUCUUGGUGUCAUGGCUUUGCUCGACGAGGAGGAGACUGAUUGGAAGGUUAUCGUCAUUGAUGUCAAUGAUCCAUUGGCUCCCAAGCUCAAUGAUGUUGAGGAUGUCGAGAGACACUUGCCAGGUCUUCUGAGGGCUACCAAUGAGUGGUUCCGUAUCUACAAGAUCCCAGACGGAAAGCCAGAGAACCAAUUUGCUUUCACUGGAGAGUGCAAGAACAAGAAGUACGCUACCGACAUCGUCCGUGAGUGUGCUGAGGCUUGGGAGAAGCUCAUCACUGGAAAGACUGCUCCUGGUGAAAUCUCCACCACCAACCUCACUGUCGCCAAGUCUCCCAGCCGUGUCUCUCCAGACCAGCUCCCACCCCCCGCCCAACACGAGAACCUUGCCCCGGCCCCAAUCGACCCAAGCAUUGACAAGUGGUUCUUCAUCUCUGGAGCUGCUAAUUAG